ACCAUGGCGAACGAUAUCCUUGUUUCAUCUACACAGUUUGCGCAUGAGCUGUCGAUAAUAGUUGCUUCAAAUAUGGUCAAAACAACGUGCAGUGAGCCACAAUUUGCGUACGAUUCUAGAGGAAAGGACUCGCAAGUCUAAAAGCACCGCAUUUCAGGCAAGUUUGCCGUCAGGAACGAUGAACAUGUUUUGCUGGCUCUUGGUGAUCGGUGCCGCAUCGACUACCGUGGCCGUGGGCCCACCUCCGGCAUCCCUCGACGAACAAGUGGACGCCGUUCUCCAGAAGGGCAAACUGUGCAAGGUCAUCGACAACGACGAGUGCGAAGGGUCCCUGCAGAACUUCGGCAUGUUGAAGGACGAUGAGUGGUUUCGGCCCGACUUCUACGAUGGACGCGUCAUCGGUGUGCGCCAGGGUAUCCGGCGGAGCGGAGACUGCGCCCUCAACGCCAGCGUGGCCACUUGCGAAUUAUGCUUCGCCAAUCUCACGCUGCACUACCGCUGGGUCGUGGUAAGGAAGGAUCCGGAGCGGCAACGGGAAGAGCAGUUCCACGGCACGCGACCAAUCGUAGAAGCUGGAGACCUGAUGGCCACGUUGGCUGAAGGAACGGGACUGCUGCUGCUGCGGAAGAAUAUCGUAGGCGGCCACUUCCGAGCUACAGCAAUCGAGACGGACAUCAUUGAAUUCGACAGUUUGGUAUUCGACAACUCCACCAUCAUCUGGCACGCAGACACGGUCGACACGAACGACGAGGACUUUCAGGGCCAUCUUCGGAAUUCACUCGCCAAACGUCUUAAUGAAUACGUCAGUGGUAUGGCUUUCCUCGCCGCCUUCAACGAAGCUCUUGAGAAUGUGCAGGAGACUGGGAAUUUUAGAAAAUAAAUAAAGGCAAUUUACUUGUA